GUCUGCAGUGAGUGUGUAGUGAACAAGUUGUGCCACUCCGCCAUCAUUCUGCAAGAGUCAACACAACACAAGCAGAUAUGACUGGUAAACAUGGGGAAUUGUGAAUGCAAACCGAAAUGCUGCUGUCCGUGCUGUCCGACAAAAGACCAGCAACCGUCAGUCAACCGCGACAGAGUCUACACUUCAAUCUACAGCUAUCCUUCACGCACGAUGUGGGACCUGAAUCUGAAGAAAGGAGAUAUUCUGGAAGUGACGGAAGAAACUGAGUAUUGGCUGUAUGUUAGGAGGAUAACUGGCGAAACUGACAAUUCGGGUAUCUUCAUUGAGCAACAUGGUUACGUGCCUAAAGAUUUUGUCAAGCCGCUGGACAGCCUAGAGGCCGAGCCAUGGUAUUUUGAGUAUGUUAAAACGCGUUUAGAGGCCAAAAGAUGUCUGCUGAGACCAGAGAACAUAGAGGGAGCGUUUCUUGUCUGGAAAUGUGAUGAAAAUAAUCAUUAUUAUUUAUCAGUGAAAAAUGGCCCUCAUGCACGACAUUACCGGAUCAAACAGGGAGAAAGCGACCAGCAUUUUUUCCUUGUUCAUCACACAACCUUCCAGAGCCUCCGCAAGCUCAUCGAGUUUUAUUCUAAACAUGAAGGAGGACUCUGUGCCAUACUUCAUGAAGCCUGUGUGAAGCUGGAUCAGCCGGUUCCUCAGACUCUGUCAUUUUAUAGCACAUGUGAAAUAGACAGAAGUUCACUUACCAAAGAAAAGAUACUCGGCAGCGGGGAGUUUGCAGAAGUGUGGCAGGGGCUCUGGAACGGCAGAACAGAAGUGGCCAUCAAAGAGUUCAAUGGUGUCAAUUAUUCAGACAUCCAAACAGAGAUUGAAAUCAUGAAGGACCUGCAUCACGAGCGCUUGCUGAAGCUCUAUGCUGUGUGUACCACAAGUCAACCAAUGUGUAUAGUCACGGAGCUCAUGAAAAACGGCAGCUUAAAGACAUUUCUUUUACGUCACAAGCAGAAACAAGACCUAGAGUUUUCACUCAUGCUGGAUUUUGCUAUCCAGAUAACAGAAGGAAUGAUGUAUAUUGAGAAUAAAAUAGUUCACCGGGAUCUGAGAGCCGAGAACAUUCUGCUCACCGAGAUGCAGUCCUGCAAAAUUGCCGACUUCGGACUCGCUCAAGUUAAUAGACCAGAAAACCACAGGAUUUCUUCAGAUGUCAGACUUCCGGUGAAAUGGAUGGCGCCGGAAAUAUUCGACAACUGCGAGUACACGAGCAAAAGCGACGUCUGGUCCUUCGGCAUCCUUUUAACUGAAAUUGUCACAUAUGGAGAUGACCCAUACCCUGGUCAAGACAAAAUGUCGUGUGUUCGAGGGAUUCAGCGAGGAGAGCGGAUGCCCCGACCGGCCGGCUGUCCAGAAUCGCUUUACGGCAUUAUGCUGCUGUGCUGGAAGGCAAACCCCAAGGAGAGACCCACAUUUACUGAGCUGCGGGAGAUGCUGAUGGCUCUCAUCCAUGAGCCUGUUUCUGAACUGGAGUAGAUACUGUAGAUACAGUGCAUAGCCUAUAUGUAAACAACACAUGUACAUUCCUUUACGCCAUAAAUUACAGAGGUAGUUGCAACACAAAAUGUACUGAAAAACAAAACAAUGCAUGAUAAAGUACACUAAAAACAAAUGAUUCAUUGGAUUUACUUACAUUUUUCUAAGGUAAGUGGUUACCUCACAGCAAGAAGGUCGCUAGUUCGAGUCCCGGCAAGUCUGGGUGGAGUUUGCAUGUUCUCCCCGUGUUGAUCUGGGUUUCCUCCGGGUGCUCCGGUUUUGCCCACAGUCCAAACACAUGCACUAUAGGUGAAUUGAAUAAACUAAAUUGGCCGUACUGUAUGUGAAUGGGUAUGUAUGGGUGUUUCCCAGUACUGGGUUGCAGCUGGAAGGGCAUCCACUGUGUAAAACAUAUGCUGGAUAAGUUGGCGGUUCAUUCCGCUGUGGCGACCACUGAUGAAGAAAGAGACUAAGCCGAAGGAAAAUGAAUAAAUGAAUAUUCAACUUAAUUUCUUUGUUUAAAUUCAGCCCGUAUACAUUGUUUGCAACCAAUUUUUACCUUAAAAAAUAGUAAAUGCAAUAAAUCUUUUUUUUUCAGUGUACAUGGGUAAAUCUCAUGGAAAAAUACUUUAAAUUUAAAUAUUUGCCCUCGGGUGAAACCAGAGAUGUAUAGUAACGAAGUAGAACUACUUCACUACUGUACUUAAGUACUAAAAGGCAGUAUCUGUACUUUACUGGAGUAUUGUUUUUUUCUCCUACUUCCACUUUUUUUCAUAUUUUCGAUGAGUUUAAUACUUUUACUCCGAUAGAUUUUUUAUGAGCUGCAUCGUUACUCGUUACUAGAGGUGUCAAAAUGGUCGAUAUCAGUUCAGUAAUAGAUCAUAAUGGGUUAUUACGUACUGACGUCAUUUAUCUCCUAUGUGCGGUGUCGCAAUACUAUGGCGAAGGACGGAGGCGCGAGGGCGAGUGAAGGCGGCACAGCACACGAGCCGCUAUUUCACUACUACAGAGAAAUGUUGUGAGACUCCAUCUCUGCCUCUCUCACUUUGGACAUUUGACCCGCUGGUCUGUUUGUGAGGUAACUUUUCAUCUCCUCUUGGCUGUUAAAGCGAUACUUGUGGAUCCAGACCUGGGCGUGUAUGAGGUGCACGUUUUCUCCACUGUGUCUAUUAUAGAUUACCUGUGAUAACCGCGUAUUAUACAUACAUAGACUGUAACCGCGGCUGUUCUUCCCGCCAUCAGUGAACAACGCUUUCAUUUCUAAAGCCGAUAGCAGCCCUUUCUGUUGAGAAGGUGAAGACAAUAACCAAAGGGGUGUAAGACCUCGCCUGUCACCGUUUAAAAAGCAGGCGGGAGAAUAUUUACAUGAGUUUAUUUGCUAUAAAUGCUCAUGCUGUCUUCUGUGCAUGAGUUUAGUUUGAUACAUUCAGAAAGAGUGUUUUCUUUGAGCGGGUCAAAUUAAGGGUACAGUUCAUAUAUCUUACUGCUGUAUUAAAGGACACAAUUUUAUUACAAGUAACUAUUUAACUGUCACACCAAGAAAAAAACCAAUAUAAUUUUUUUAUUUAUUGCAUUUCUUAACUCCUAAUGUCGCUAGUUAACACAAUCAAUACAUUUUCCCCCAACACAUCCCAUAAUUUCUAAAAUAUCAGCCUCUACCAAAUGGUUGAGAUGUUGGUUUAUGGUAAAAGUACCAGAAUGAAUAAAUAUACUAUAAAAAUAUGAAGUUUAAGACCAAUUUAAUUAAAACAUAAUCAAAAUGAAACAUUUUUGAAUACUAAAUCAUAGCCAUAAGCCAUAAAAUAUUUCAGAUUUUCAUUUAACACAGUAAUAUACACGUUUUCUUUUUUUUUACAAUCAAAUCAAAAUCUAGUGAAUUAGAACGUUCGUUUACAACCAGUAAUUUGUGCUCCGAAAAUGGGUUUCAAUAGCGUUUUGAGUGGAUUAUGGACUGUUUUUGUGACACACAACUUUAAAAGGUGUGUGUUAAAGCUGUUAUAAUCUGUCAGAUCUGUGGUUCAAGCGUGAGAGAAAAACAGUAUUGUAAGUCAUGUUUCUUUUCGUUCUGCUUAAUGACGUGCCCCCAAAAAAGAGAUUUAAAAUAAACAAAACAAUAUGAUGUCUUUUGACUGCUUUCUUUAAUAACUACAUUACACAAUACUUGUACUUUACUUUCAGUACUUGAGUAGUAAAUUUUGAAAUAAACUACUUGCAAUACUUAAGUGCAAAAAAUGUUGAAUACUUUAGUACUUCCACUUAAGUAUGGUGCUUAAAGAGCACUUUUACUUCUACUCAAGUCACUCUUUGAUAGAGUACUUGUACUUUUACUUAAGUCUGGGUCUCUAGUACUUUAUACAUCUCUGGGUGAAACUAACAAAUAUUUACCAAGUAAUGUUUAACAAGUUGUAGCAAAGUCCUUACCCCAAGUGGAGGAUUGGUGCAGCGGCAGCAGUAAUGCGGUCGAUGUAUCGGUCCGUUGUGGUAAAGAAGGAGCUGAGCCGAAAGGCAAAGCUCUCAAUUUACUGGUCAAUCUACUUUCCUACUCUCACCUAUGGUCAUGAGCUUUGGGUCAUGACCGAAAAAGACAAGAUCUCAGAUACAAGCGGCCGAAAAGAGUUUCGUUCACAGGGUGGCACGACACAACCUUAUAGAUAUCAUGAGGAGCUCUGCCACCUGGAAGGAGCUCAAGAGUUGAGCCGCUGCUCCUCCACAUCGAGAGAAGUCAGCUGAGGUGGCUCGGGCAUCUGUUUCGGAUGCCUCCUGGACGCCUACCUAGGGAGGUGUUCUAGGCAUGUCCCACCAGAAGGAGGCCUCGGGGAAGACCCAGGACACGCUGGAGGGAUUAUGUCUGUCGCCUGGCCUGGGAAUGCCUCGGGAUCCCCCCGGACGAGCUGGAGGAAGUGUCUAGGGAGAGGGAAGUCUGGAGUUCUCUCCUGACACUGCCACCUCCACAGCCCAGUAGCGCAGUGGGUAGCACUGUUGCCUCACAGAAGGAAGGUCGCUGGUUCGAGUCCUGGCCGAGUCAGUUGGCAUUUCUGUGUGGAGUUUGCAUGUUCUCCCCGUGUUCGCGUGGGUUUCCUCCGGGUGCUCCGGUUUCCCCCACAGACCAAACACAUGAAUUGUGAAUUGAAUUAGCUAAAAUUGGCCGUAGAGUGUGAAUGUAGAAGUGUAUGGAUGUUUCCCAGUGUUGGAUUGCGGCUGGAAGGGCAUCCACCGCAUAAAACAUAUGCUGGAUAAGUUGGUGGUUCAUUCCGCUGUGGCGAACCCUGAUUAAUAAAGGGACUAAAGCCAAAAAGAAAAUGAAUAAAUGAAUAUAUAUAUAUUAAAAAACUGCUAAGGUCAAUAUUAUUAGCGCCCUUAACAAAAUUACUAUUUUUCGAUUGUCUACAAAUCACUGCCUAAUUAACCUAACUUACUUAGUUGACCCAAUUAAACUAGUCAAGCCUUUAAUUUGCUAUUAAGCUAAAUAAUAAAUAUACUAUGAUAAAACAACUGUUAAAAAUAUGUGCUGUCAUUUUGGCAAACAAUUAGUUAUUAAAGCUUUUUCAAUCUCUGUUAAAACAGAACUUUGGAAAUAAUUGAAAAAAAAAUCUAAAUAUCACAGGAGGGCUAAUAAUUUUAUCUUUAACUGUAUAUGCAUCAAUAAAAAGGACAAAUAAAUGAAAAAUCGAGCCAUUCCAUGAGAUUCAUUCAUAUACAAACAGAGUGUUAUAGUGCACAAAUACUCCCAAAACAUGAUUGUGAAUGACUAGUAUUGUUAAUUAAUUAAUAUUACUUAAAGGUGAUUAUGAAGUUUCUUAGUUUCUAUAUUCCCAGGAAAUAUUGCAUUACUGACUGGUCUUUUUGUUACGUUUGCUGCUGAAUUAAAUAAUAAUAAUGAAAAGGAUAGCUGAUCUGAUCCGAAUGUACACAAAGUGGCAUGUAAACAUUCAGCCUUUGCAAAUGAAUGUUCAGUGUGUGAACUUUUAUGUUGACUAUUGUACAGUGGGAGUGUGUGUUUUCUG